CUCGAGCAUCAUAACCGGUACAGUAAUCUACUCGUACAGUACUCGUACAGUACAGCACUCGUACGGUCACUGUGCCCAGUGUGGGUGUGCCCCUCCCUCAUCUAGUGACCUCCUUACUCACUCGUCCCAUCAUCGUCAUCUCGAGGCAACGACAAUAAUAGCGGAACAACGAUAAUAAUAAUAACAACUCUCCUCUUCCUCUCCUCUCCUUCGCCUUCGGCCUGGCGAUGGUGCGGCGUCCACCUUGAAGGGUAUUAUUGUACGGUACUGUAGUCUGCUGUGGCCUCCCAUACAAGUGAACUCUGAACCCUUUUCCUCUCCCCCCUUCCUGGACGCCCACCCAUUCCUUCCGACACUUUGCUCUGCUCGGUCGCUGCUGUCCUGCAGCGCACAGCCCAACUGCCGCUUCCCUCCCUCCCUGCACACUAUCGACUUUUUUAUUUUUUUUAUCGCCCCUCAGGUUGUCCCGUCGCAGUGUAAUCUUCCAUUUCCUGAUUUGGCUCUUCCAUUUUCCGUCUUCUAGCUGUUCUCGCUGGGAUUACGAUAAUUCUUGUUUUUGUUUUUCCCCUUCCUGCUCGCGCGGCUAACCGUUUUGUUUUCGAUUACCCUUCGGUGUUGCAGCACGGUACGGGUCCCUCCUCCCCCCCCUCCGCAUUUUGCCAUCUGCGUCGUCGCCCUCGUCCUUCUCCUCCUCCCACUUCUCCUUCUCCUCCUCUUCCUCAUUUGUUCUCACACACUCCUGAUCCAAUAGAUUGAUUACCGGGACAGCACAGUACGUACAAUCAAUCCCAUUCGGUUCGAUCCCAUUUCUCGUUCCAAGUCUUGUCUUUUUUUUUUUUGUUGUUGUUGUUGUCUUUGGCCUUUUCGCUCUCCCUUCCCCCCUUCAACCUCCGAGAAGUCUCUCUCUUCAUAGAAUCAAGAUGGUCUACAAUACUCGCCGAAAGUCCCUCUCGUUGCCAUCGCUCGGGAUUCACCUUCCGCAGAGCUCGCGCUCUUCGCCCUCGUCCUCCACCACGAAGAGCGAGCCACCGCAGAAGCGUGUGAAACGGGAUCAUUCGCCCCUGUCCGCUGGCGGCUACGAUACCACUGGUCGCAACAACCUCCCACCCUCACCGCCGCCGGAAUGCAGGAUUAGUCACGAAGGCAUCAACGAUGAGAUUGUAUCUGGGGUAGUGGACGUGCUCGAGCGGUCGGGGAAUAGGCCGCAUACUGUUAAAGAGUUGGCGGCCGUGUUGGCGCCCGUUCUUGGAGUUGUGGAAAAGUCAGUUACCCUUUUUUUUUUUUUUUCCUUUCCCCCUAUCCAUAUUCCUAUUUCUUAUUUUUAUUUUUUUUUCCUCUGUCGAGGGGGGAAAAUUAUUUUGGACUGCUUUUUUUAUUUUUUUUUCCUCACCCUCUUCCCCGGAGAAAAUGGUAGCCCCUCCCUUAUCGGUGUGUACACUAGGUGGUAAGAUGGUGUGUGUGUGUGGUGGGUGUGGGUGUGUCGGGGAAUUGUGGUUUCGCGCUGUAGGGAUGAUGUCUCAAAAAAGGAAAAAAAAGAAAAGAAAAAAAAGAAAGGUUGUCAAAGCGCUGACUGGUGGUUUUGGGUUGCAGCUCGGCCAAUCCCCACGCAAUAAUUUCUUCACGAUUAAACACCUACCUGAAGCGCCCUUCCUCAUCAUCGUCGUGUGUACUCUCGAAAGAACUAAUAACGACCCACCCGAAGCGCAUAUACUUCUACCUAAGUGCAAUUCCCCACCAACCGAUCCCGAACUCUCUUAAUCCCCAGCUCAGCGUCGUCUCGCCCACACCCACCACCCCUUCAACGUCGGAUACCGAGGACCCGGACGUGGAGGAGAGUGAAGACCUUUGUCGCCGUCGCGAGCUCUCUCCCAGCCCGGAAGUGGAUCUGGAUUUUACGUCGCACGAAUUGUCGCCCCCAUCGCCCGUGCCCAGCGCGACGAGCGGCACAACGCCCGCGAGUACGGGCCUCUCGGGAGGCAAAUCCUCCCUGUCAUCCCCCCCGCUGGAAGGGGACGAGCGCGAGUUCUCGCAAUCGGCCAUAUACAUCUGCCGACGAAGCGCCAGUCGCGAGACCUCAAAUCCGCCCUCCUCCGUCGCCGGGGAGAAGCGGAACAGGGGCGAGUACGAAGCGGAUGGCCACGGGGAGCCCGGCGGGGACGCAAUCCUGUUGGGGUAUUCGCACGCGGCGGUAUCCGGUGCUAUCGGGGGCGUGGUGACGGGUGUCGGGGUCCUGGAUAAUUCCGGUGGCCUAGCGCACGUGAAGCGGGAGGAUGGAGAGGACGACGAGGAUAUCCAGGAGAGCCGAGUGGAGCCGCCGGAUGAGGAAGCGGCGGAAGCGGAAGGGACACGAGAAGAGAGCGAGAAACCGGUGGGGCUUGGCCUGGGCAAUUGGGGCGGAGAGUUGGAAAGACAUUUGGGAUCGCCCGAGAGCGUGGAACUGGAUGAGCUGGAUGACCUUUUCGACUUUUAGAGGAUACUCCUUCACCUACCUACCGUGUAUUGCCGAUUGAUUGAUUGAUGGCUGCGUGGAUGUGAUCCAUCUCCACUCCACUCCACUCUUCUCUACUACUAUUACUCUCAUCACCACUACUACUUGCUCACUUCCUUUUGCUGCUAUUAUUACUACUGCGUCGUUCUUGUUUGCUCCUUCCUUCUCUUUUGGUAAUUGGGUUGGGUUGCGAUUACGCGGGUGCUGGUAUUAUUAGACGAGCUGGAGGGUUCUAGAACGCGCAAGCGAGGUUGCUCUUCUUUGCUCUUCUCUAUCUCUCUACCUCUCUACCUCUCUCUCUUCUUUUGUUUUUCCUUUUUUUCUUUUAGGUUGUCGUUCGGGAUGACUAUUUCUCGUCGCUGUUAUCGAGGGUUUGGCCGGUGAGGAAGAAGAAGAAAGAAAAAAGUCAUGUAUGAUAGGAGAAGUUGUCACGGUUUGUUGGGAGUUGGAGGAGGGUGGGACUGUACAAUAUAUCGUAUCAUAUAUCAUCGUGGUUGUCUACGGUGUCGUACGUGGUUGACGUUAUCAUGUGAUUAUCAUGACGGUGAGGGGGGAAGGAAAAGAGGGUGCGCAAGGCCAUUAUUACAUUACACGCUGUUUGGUCUACACCAGCUGUGCUGCGCGUAUUGCGAAUGGAGGUGAGAUUGGACGGGAUGAGAUGAGAUGGAAUGGCACGCAAUAUUCUC